AUGUCUGAGGAAGGAGUGAAUGAGGAGGAACCUGAAGGUGAGAUUGAAUUAUCCGGAGAGGAUGCCAAUGUUGCUGAGCCGAAACGAAAGAGACAACGAGGACCAACAAGGAUGAGAGACAUUGCCAAGGAUCCAAAUAACAGAGUUCGAGUAGACUUCACCAUCAUGGGUGAACCUUACGGUUCUGGGUCCGUUAAGCUGUCGUCGUAUGUAGGUGCCUUAGUACGAGAACAAGUUCCUAUCACAAUUGAUCAUUGGACAAAGAUCGGUCAAGAUGUGAAGACAGUUCUCUGGAAAUCUGUCCAGGCACGAUUUGAGCUGGACGAAGCUUAUCAAAAGACACUGGUACUAAAGCAGAUGGGAUGCUUGUGGAGAUCAUCGAAAUCUCGCGUCGUGAAGGAGAUCAUGGAAGCUACCAACAACCAACAAAGGAUGAAUCUGCGUCCUAAAAAUGUUACUCCGGUUGAUUGGCGAAAAUUUGUUAAAAUCAAAACUAGCCAAUCAUUUAAGGAAUUGACUGUCACAUACAACUAUGUGUUGCAGAUAAAGGCAGCGGAUAUUCUUAAUCGUGGUAAUCCGUCUACUGCUUCAAAUGAGUGUGAAGAUGCCCUCAACGAACUGUUAGGACCUGAUAAUCCGGGUCGAUUGAGGACGAUGGGCAGAAACAUGAGUAAGACUAAGCUAGCUUGUUUCCAAGUGAAGCAUAAGUGUAUUGUUGAAAUGGAAGAGAAGCAAAUUCACCUCCUGCAAAAGGUCACCGAGUUACAAGAGGAAAUUGCCAAAAUGAAGAACCAGAGACAAGAACUUGAAGUUGGCGAAAACUCAGCAGCAAAAAGUGUGAACAAGAAAACACAACCUAAGUGUAUCUUGCUUGAUUGGACUGAUGAUGAUACCAAUGUUGCUGAGGGUCGUAUUAUUUCUUCUGAUCCGGAUGAGGAAGUGAAUGAUAGUGGGUUAGGCCCUACAGAUGUGAAAGUAUUGGUUGAAAUUGCUACUGUACCAGACGCAUACCUCUGGAGACCUGCAAGUACAAUGUUUACAGUUCAAGAAGCAGUUAGACAGAUGAUUGCAUGGCCUGCUGCUAAGUGUGUUAACAUAGAACAGGGGAUCCAACCAGAAGACAUUGCAGAACUGGGCGCAAAGAAUAAUUGUCUGAACAAAUGCAAGCUUCUGGAUUUGUCUUCCGAUGAUGUAGUCGUCGCUCAAGGACGUUGGCAGACACAAGAUUCCAAGUCAUUGGUUAAUGGACUUCCACUCGGUCCUAAAGCAGUGAAAGUAUUUGUUGAUGACAUACAACAACCGGAUACAUUUAUAUGGAGGCCUACGAUGGAUGUGGCAUAUCUUGAGGUCUGCUUACAGUCUUAUGUAGCGUGGCCUGUCAACAAAGUUGUCUUCGAAAACACUACGACCGCAUCAGCUCAAAAAUCUACUCAGAAUUUUGAAUCAAGCGGAAGAAAUACCGGAUUUACAACAGCAGCAACUGGUCCAAAAUCUCGUAGUGAUUCAUUUCCGGCUACAUCUCAUGGUGAUAAGUCUCCGGCAUCAUCUCAGAACUAUGGAGCAGAAGCUAUCAAGGAAAAUAAGAAGUGCAAGUUGAUGGAUAUAAGCGGGAAGAAGCGUGUUGUUGCUGAAGGACGUGUGCAUUCAACUGACCCAGAACUGAAGGUGCAUUUUGUUCGGUUGGGUUCUAAGGCAGCUAGAGUUUGGGUUGAUUCGGUGAAGGAAGAUGACGCACCAGUUUGGAGGCCGUCAGAUGAAAUCGAGUAUAUGAAAGAUGCACUUGGUUCAUCUAUUGCAUGGCCAAUCGAUAAAUUGGUCGUCUUCUAA